AUGCCGCGGAACGGUGGGAUGCCAACCGACGCCGACGAACGGGCGCCUCGACAACGGAGCCCGCUGGGUGAUGCAGGUACGCCUCGUCGGCGCGUAAAGGCGAAGGGCGCAGUCGUGACGACGCUUGCGGAGACACCGGAGUUUCUGCACUGUCCGGGUAUUGUCGGUCACUAUCGAAGUUAUGACGAGUACGCGCGGUCUGUAAAACGGAUUUUGUUAUCGUUUUUUGAGUUGCAUAACGAGAGUAUGAACGUGUGGACUCACUUUGUGGCUGCGCUGGUGUACCUGACGGGCAUCGCGCCGUACAUGUUCUGGAUGCGUCUCAGAGACGCUCCACUCCUCGAUAGAUAUACGAUAUCGCUGUACUAUGUUGCCGCUGCAACGUGCUUUCUCUUGAGUGCAGUGUACCACCUGUUCCUCACGCAUUCAGUGAAGGCGUAUCGGGUGCUACGAAUGGCGGAUCACCAGGGAAUCCUGCUUUUGAUCUGCGCGAGCUAUAUUCCUGCUAUCGGUAUUGGUUAUCGAUGCCACUGGCGCAUAGCUAUUCAGUUUCUAUGGGUCAACGCCGCUUUCUACAUGAUGGCAGUGGUCGGGCUCUGGUACGCACACCGGCACGGUUACGUUGUAUUCCGGAAUAUUACAUUCCUUGGCUAUACGAGCUGGGGUCUACUGCCGCUCGCAGUUGGUCUCACACUGCAGCUGGAACACGCAGCAUGGUUAUUGCGUCACGCUUUCGUCAUGUGGUCAAUUUAUGGAAUUGGAUUUGUACUCUACGUCACCCGUUUUCCCGAAAAAGUCUGGGUGGGAAAGUUCGACCUGUGGUUCUCCUCCCAUCAACUCUUCCAUAUCGCGACAAUAGCAGCGAGUGCAGUCUGGGGACGUUCGAUGCUUCGCUUACAUGAUCAUGUAUCGGCAACGGGACUCUGUUGA